AUUUCGAAGACCCCCGCAUUGGCAGUUGCUCGGGGUAGAGUUAUCGGGUAGUUGAGAGGACAGGAUACAAUGCGGGUUUCGCGCAGGGCGCUGCUCGCUUCUGCUGGGGCGGGGCUCGUCCAGGCUGCUCCGGGCGCGGCGUACACCACUUUGACAACGCUGUUCGAGAAACUGAAGGGUGAAGCGAAGGGUGAAUUUGACACCAAGACACCCGAAUUGGCGGACCACAACGUCGACUGCAAGGAUGCGCUGGAGACAAUACAAAAGGAAAUAGAAAAGCAAACCAAAGACAAGGUGCAGCACUUGCUCUCUUUACUUGUUUCCCAUGUCGCUUGAUUUUAAACUGAUAUGCAUAUCAACUACGACGUUUUUUCACCGGGAAAAAAAUGCAGAUGUUGUUUGUAGAUGUAGCCGAAGUCAUUUUUUACUUCUAAUCGUAUGGCGCAUUUCUGUUGAUCAGGAGCAGCGGAAUAAAUGUUUCCAAAAAUUUUUAAAUUUCAUCUUGUUCUUUAGACUGAAGCCGAGGCUGCGGAGGCGGAUGCGCAGAAAGCCAUUGAGGGCGCGGAGGCCAAGAAGGCGAAGGAAGAGCAGCUGAAGGAUGCUGCCGAGACCAGCAAAGCCGGGGCGCAGGCCACCUACGAAAAGACGAAGGCCCGCAUGGGCUACGACAUGGGGCAGCUCCAGGGGGCCACGAAAGGACUGGACGACGCCAUGACGAAGAUCAAGGCGGACACAACGCUCGCCGACUCGACCAAGUCCAAAUUGGCGUCCACCAUGUCGCUGCUGCGCGACAAGAUGCUCGAAGAUCAGAAGAAACUCGAUGAUGUAUAGAAAAAUGUGUUUUGAAGUACAUAUUGUAUGUUCUUCUGAACUCCGAUGCCACGACCUUUGAAGAUGCCCUUGCAAUCUUGAAAUAAAGAAGUUGGAGUUGCGCUUUAUUUUGAGCGCAGUAAAUUUAUAAAUAUCCAUAUGCUUCAUCUCUCUCUCAGGACAUCACCAUGGGCGAGAAAUUUCACGCGGAGGCACAGACGACGAUGCAGCUGCAGAUUGAAGCGCACGACGGGGCGAUUCAGGAGCUGACCAUCUUUUUGAGCAACGAGGGCGAAAAGCUGGACGCGGCCAAGAAGGCCAAGGCGGACGCGAUCUCCAAUCUGAAUGCGGAAAAGGCGUCGAAAAAGGCGAAGACGGCUUCCUGCGCGGAGAAGCGCAUGGCGUUGGAGGGCGAGAUCGAGGACGCGGACAACCGCGUGAAGGCUCUGUCCGCCGCGUUGGACAUUCUGGGCAAGCCCUCCGCCGCGGCCGCGUUGUUGCAGGCUGAGAAAACGAUUCUGCUGCAGCAAAAGACCGUAGUGCCGGGGUUCCUGCAGAUGCGGAGCGCCCCGAAUAAGGUGGUGCUGGACCUCCUCGCCACGAUGUCCGGAAAGAGCCGCGCGGCCGAGAUGCUCAAGCUGGCCCUGGACCAGAAGCCAGGUAGUAGGAGUAAGUUUAGGAAUUGAUGUCGCCAUUCGAAGCUUUGAAAGAGUUGUACGGUAUUUUUGGAUAAUCUGGUCGCUUUUAUCUGUCGGUUUAGAUGCGCGGGCACCAGUGUAGAAAUCAAAAACCGGCAACAAGAACAUGUUUAUUGCAACAUUAACAUUCUUUCCUUUGCAGGUGCUGCCGAUGCUUUUGCAAAGAUCGCCUCCGAGAUCGACAAAUUGUCCGACACUAUGUACAAGCAACAGGAAGAGGACCAGAAGUUAUCCUUGCACAAUCCAAGCGAACAAAAAGCGGCUUUUUUCUAUUGCGGUAAACAACAAGAAGUCCCCUUCUACUGCCAAAGUACAACUUACCCCCGUUUUUGCGCUUUCAGGUUGUCGAAAGACCCGGACAAUAAACUGUCAUGCAAUAAUAUUUUUGGUGUCACGAGCUGAAACUCGCACAUGGACACGAUCAAGAAAAAGACAGGCUGUUCACAAUCGCUUUCGGAUUUUUCGUUUCCAUUUUUCUCCAAGACCUGGUGCCAGCAGAAGGACAACGAGCUCACCCUGCGCAUUCAGGAUCUUGAGACCACGAAGGAGGAGCUGGAGCAGGCCAUUGAGGCUCUGGACAACACCGCGUCCUCGCACAAGGACAAGGCAGAACAGGCGACAACGGACAUUAACAAGGCGGUGGAGGACAACGUGAAGGCGCACGACCAACUGACGCAGGAUUUGGACGCCAAUAAGGUGGAGCAGGAGCAGCUGAAAGAGGAUUUCGGCAAUUUGGAGCAGGCCAAGAUCGCCCUCACCAACGUGUUCAAGGGCCGCACGGAGUCCGGCGGUGAGAUCGUGCUGAACGAGGUGGACAAGGUGAUUGAAAAGUACCAGGCCGCCAUAUCAAAAGGAAAACCCGCCCUCCCCAUAUAUACAAGGCACGUUUUCGAAAAUUUGUGUUGCUGAUUUGUGACCACAAAUCGUCUCUAUGUUGCAUGAAGGCAACUCCACAGGCUCCGCCGCAUUCUACAGGCGGUUUGUCAUGCUGUUGCGCCUGAAGCGCAGACGUCUGCCAUGCUCAGUGCCUGGGUCAAAACCUGUCUACUCAGGCUCAGCAUGGCUCUGCAGUCCUCGCCAGCAAGACAGAUCUGAUUUGUGUACGCAAAGCCAGCGUCAGAGCCUUCGUUUUGAUAUGGGUAGGGGGGGUUUUCAUUCUGAUACGCCAUGACGGAGAGCGAGCGCGUGGAGAAGGAGCUGGGCGCCGCGAUCGAGAACGAAGAGGAAGACCACCAGACGAACUUGAAGCGGUUGCAGCUCAUCGAGAAGCGCAACAAACUCGGGUUCAAGGACAACACGGCAAAAUCGCUGUCCAAGUCGGAUGACCUCCGCGUCGUGCAAUCCGAUCUGGACACCACGAAGGCCACCAUGGUCAAGGUGGUUACGGGUGAUGACGCCAAGUGCAAGGACUACAAGUCCAUGUACGCCAGCCGCAUGGAGGCCCGGAAAAUAGGGAAAAAAACUUCUUUGGGUAGUUCUUUGGAGGACAAAAAAUCUUCCACGUCCGAAGUUUUUAUCGAGCUAGAGGUACUACUGCGUUGUAACUAAUAUAUUGUGAUGAAGCUGUAUUGGAAGUGGGCAUGAAGUAAGGAGAAGCCGAAAAAAAGAGAGGAGCUACUUAUGCAAGGAGAACAUGCGUCGAAAUAGCAACAGAUGAAAAGAUCAAGAAGAUGACCUUGGUAGUGGUUUGUCCUUUGUCCUCUUCAGAAGACCACCCAAAGGUUUUUGUGCUUCAUUCGCAGAGGAGAUCGACAACCUCAAGAAGGCCAAGGAUGCGCUGUCAGAGUACAUGACCAGUUUGGGCCUGAAGAUGACCCCGGGGGCGUAAAACUCCUUGCUGAUGAGGAGGGAUUCCGCGUGAACCGAAGUUCGCUAAUACGCUCAGACGCGUCAUUUUUUGCUGCGGUGCCGUUUCAAAUGAAUAGAAUAAUACCACACAUGAGAAAUAAGCUGCUGCGUCGUGGGAUCAGUACGCUACUUUGGCAAGGUCUAAUUUUCAACAUAUCGCAGCAGAUCGGGCUAAGAAUAGCGCCUCAAUAAUGUACGAUUUUUGGUAUAGCU